GGCCAAUCUGUCAUCAGCCGCUGAUGUGUUAAGCUCGUUACUACCAACUCUCCCGUCGUCUAUUUUAAGGUUCUCGCGCAUUUCUCGAGGAUUAUGGAAUGUCUCGUAGAUUCGAUAGCUAAGUCCAAUUGUUGACAGCAUUUUCACUUCUCUUAUAUACACUCGUUCUCUCUAUUCCGAGGGUUUGUGAAUAGACAACUACCUACCUACAUACCUCUAUAGUAUUACAGAUAUCAUGGCGCGUGUUAAACAAGCUAAACCUGUCGAACGACAGCCUUCGUCAGAGUAUAUCUCGCAUCAGAAUUCGACACCAAAGACGAAUGACGAGGACAAGGAUGUAGCGGUGCGGUCUAACGGCGCUGCUAGCAAAGCAGCUCCCGCGCUGGCGUCGUCGAAGAAGAAGGACGCAGGCGUAGCGCAGUUGGUGGUUGCUGUUGCUGGUAUCUACGGGUCCUUCCUCACAUGGGCCUAUCUCCAAGAGAAACUCACGACGACGCCUCACGGCACGCCUGGCGCGACCGAGGUGUUCAAGUACCCGGUGUUCCUGAACACGAUCCAGUCGCUCUUCGCCGCCACGACAGGAGCCAUCUACCUCUACGCCAGCACGCCGCGCGGCCACGCCAUCCCCCCCGUCAUCCCCUCGCGCCGCAUCCUGGGGCCCCUCCUCCUCGUCGCGCUCACCAGCUCCCUCGCCAGCCCCUUCGGAUACGCUAGCCUCGCGCACAUCGACUACAUCACCUUCCUGCUCGCCAAGAGCUGCAAGCUCCUCCCCGUCAUGCUGCUCCACGUCACCGUCUUCCGCCGCCGCUACCCCCUGUACAAGUACCUGGUCGUAGCCGCCGUCACGGCCGGCGUCGCGGUGUUCACGCUGCACUCGGGCAAGAGCCAUAGUAAGAAAAGCAGCGGCGGCGCCGGGGGAAAUGGAAACAGCGCUUGGGGGCUGCUGCUGCUGGCCAUCAAUCUCCUGUUCGACGGCCUGACGAAUAGCACCCAGGACUACAUCUUCGGCGCGUUCCAGCCGUAUUCGGGGCCCCAGAUGAUGUGUGCGAAUAACCUGAUGAGCACGGCUGUUACCGCUGCGUACUUGGUCCUGAGCCCGUGGCUUGCGCGCACCGGCGCGGGGGAGUGGCUCGGCGUCGAUGUCGCGGGCGGCGCGGGAGAACUCGAGGCCGCGCUGGGGUUCAUGGCGCGGCACCCGGGCGUCUGGGCUGACGUGUUGGGAUUCGCGGCGUGCGGUGCCGUCGGGCAGGUUUUCAUCUUCUACACACUCUCCACCUUCUCCUCGGUCCUCCUGGUCACAGUAACAGUCACGCGCAAGAUGUUCACCAUGAUCCUAUCGGUCGUCGCCUUCGGCCACCGCCUCACGCGCAUGCAAGUCCUCGGCGUCGGCCUCGUCUUCGGCGGCAUCGGCGUCGAGGCCGCCAUCGCCCGCCAGGAGAAACUAGCCAAGGAGGCGGCGAAGCGGAGGGCGGUCGAGGAGAGCGGGAAGAAAGGGCAAUGAUUGAUUGUUCCAAUGUCUUUCUUGUCCACGUUCUCUUUUUGCUGAUUGCCCCCUCCCUGCCUCCCCGUCCGCUUUUUUGUCAUUAUUCGGUGUUCUUCGUCUUUGUUCCGGCAUAGCUUAGCUACCUAGGUAGGUAGGGUAGUCGAAUUUAUUUGUUUGUUGGGCUAGACCAGCCGGCCGAUAAGUUGGUUGGUUGGUUAUGAUCGAUAGGUACAUAGGUGUAUCCGUCACCUUAUACGUCUGUAUAUAGAAGAAGGAUGUUAAUAUGUAUAUACUCUUCGAAGAUUAGCUACGAGAGGAGAAUGAGGAAAAGAAAAAGUGCUUGCUAGAGGAGAGGAAUAUAGAUAUUUCUAUAUGAGAUCAUCUGACCCCCUUUUAAUCUCUUAUAAAAAUGUAAGUAAGUACUUACAUGUGUGUAGGUGAGUUGAAGAGAGACGUAUGGAGAGUACUUCAAUUUAGCUUCCUACCUACGGCUAUUAUUUUGUUUAGAAAAGACUAAGAGAACAGAAAACAAUCGUAUCACGUCUAAAGUUUGGGGCAUUAGCUCCUGAUAUCGCAG